UGUAAGUUAAAACAGGCAAAGUCGAGCAUCGGCUAGAGCUCCGAUGGAAUGCAAAGAAGAUGAGGAAGAGCCUCUCCCGUCGUCACCGCAAACAACUACCGGCGGCGAAUCGGCGGAGGAGGAGCAGGUGAUGAGCGAGGUCCACCUAGGCUGCCCUCCUUUCCACUCUGGGUCCCACCUCUCCCACUUUACCAUCUAUUUACCACCUCGCAAGGUAUAUGAUUGCAAUACGGGCACAUUUGCUGGAACGGCGAAGGGUGAGCUCAAUUCAACACCUCCUAUUUUCAACUUGGAUGAAGAUGGUGAUCUUGUUCUAACUCGCCGCAGAAAACCACCUAAAGAUCAAAUUAUUAUUACUAUCCAACAUAACAUCACGUCAUCAAUUCCUAGAGUCGGUUUGCAGAUAUGGAGGGCAGAACUGGUGCUUGCUGAUUUUGUGCUGCAUAUGAUAUCUAUGUCAUCAAUUUUCGAUGGUAAAAUUGCAGUUGAGCUUGGCGCUGGUACAGAUCAUGGUGAGGAAAUACUUGAUAAUUGUGCUAAGAAUGUAAAUACUAAUGCUGGAAUAUUCCAUCAAAAUGCUCAAAUCCAUGUGCGCGAACUAGAUUGGAAAGAUUCAUGGCCUCCUCAAGUGGCAGAAGAUUUGCAAUCCAAAAAAAGUUACGCUUGGACACAAAAAGAAAUUGAGGAACUCAAAAAAGCUUCGGUACUUCUAGCUGCCGAUGUAAUUUACAGUGAUGAUCUGACUGACGCAUUCUUCAGUACCUUAGAGAGAUUGAUGUCUGAGAACCCAGAAAAGGUAUUAUACUUGGCAUUGGAAAAGCGUUACAAUUUCACCCUUGACGAUCUUGAUGUUGUUGCAAAUGGAUACUCGCAUUUCAGAAGUUAUCUUAGAGACGUUGAUGAUGCAGAGCAUAAUGAACUCGACAGCUCAUCUUCUUCGCCCUGCUUUCUGGGUAAGCAGAUCAACCUAACAGAGAUUCCAAAAUAUGUAAGAGAAUAUGAUAGAGGCAAUGAUGUUGAGAUCUGGGAAAUCAAGUACCAACACUAGAUCCUAAGCUCUGAAAGUGGUUUUACUUAUAUCAGAUGAUUGGAUUUAGAUCUUGUGAAGUUCUGCUCUGAAUAUUGUAUAAUUUUAUCAUUCUUUUAAGAAGACUGAACAUACUGCACUCAUUCUGAACUUCCCACAAAAUAUGCAUAAAAUACUUGUAAAAUAUUUUACUUUUUACUGUGUUUGUAGGCAAAUUAUAUUGUGAAUUAUGUACUUUCAAUUAACAGAUUAUGUAAUAAACCAAGAUAUAUAAUACGUUAACUGCAAUAGAUACAUAAUUUUGAUUCA